AUGGCACAGAACGGGAAAUUAAGGCCAAAUCUGGACAAGCAGAGCACAAAGCUUCUCAAUCUUACUGUUCUCCAGCGAAUCGACCCAUUUAUCGACGAAAUUCUCAUCACCGCAACUCAUGUCACCUUCUACGAGUUCAACACUGACCUCAGCGAAUGGAGUCGCAAGGACGUCGAAGGAUCUCUCUUUGUCGUCAAGAGGAAUGCUCAACCUCGGUUUCAGUUUAUUGUGAUGAAUCGCCGGAGUACUGAAAAUUUGGUGGAGGAUCUUUUGGGAGAUUUUGAAUUCGAAGUUCAGGUUCCAUAUCUUUUGUAUCGAAAUGCAGCCCGAGAGGUCAAUGGUAUUUGGUUCUACAAUGCAAGUGAAUGUGAAGACGUGGCAAAUCUUUUUAACAGGAUACUUGGUGCAUAUUCCAAGGUGUCAUCGACAAAGAGCGAGUUUGAGGAACUGGAAGCAGUCCCAACUAUAGCUCUUAUGGAUGGUCCUUUGGAGCCAUCAUCAUCAACUGCCUGCAUUGUCACAGAUGUUCCAGAUGAUCCUGCCUUUGUGAACUUCUUUAGUACGGCUACAACUAUCGUGAAUUCUUCAACUACAACAAUUACUGGACAGCCUUACCAGUCUUCUUCGACAAUCUCUCUACCUUCCCAUCCAGUCGGAGUUGUCCCUUCCCCUAUUCCUAGCAUGCAGAUAUCAUCUGCAACUUUAUCCCCUUUCCUUGACAUCCCUGAAUCCCACAGAAACACCAAACUGAUCAAUAAUCUUGUAAAGCCAUCUUCGUUUUUUGUUCCUACUUCCUCUUCACCAACAUCGAUGCCACGUGUCUCUUCAUCGGUGCCUACUGCGCCUCUUCUUCACCCUGCUGUAAGUCUACAACGUCCAUAUGGUGCUGCUUUGUUACAACCUUUUCCACCACCAGCUCCUCCACCAUCUCUCACUCCUGCUUCUUUUCCUAUCCCAAACUGUGGGCCAGUUAACAGAGACAAAGUUCGAAAUGCACUCAUGCUGCUUGUGCAGUUGAGAAGAUCGCAUGUUUGCAUUAAUCUUUAA